AUGGUCAAGAAGUUCGGUGUUGGCGGAAAAACUAGUAUACAAGCAGACGUCAUCGUCCUAGGAUGUACUCUCCCAGGCAUUGUAGCAGCGCACAAACUGAAGAGCAAGUUUGGAGACUCCAUGGAUAUCAUGGUCAUAGAUCUGCCAGGACCUGACUCCAAGCACGUGUCUAAAUGUAACGUCGCCUUCACAAACAUGAUGGACUCAGACUACGACAACGAGGAUUCAUCGUACGACUUAACAGCCAGGCAGCUACUAGACAACGUCGCCAGAUUUUACCUUAUCAAGUACGCCAAAGAGUUCAAAUUACCCCUGCCCGACUGCAUCAUCUACCCCGACUUGGCCGAAGAAAACUCAGAACUAAUGGCACACAGCGGAUACCUAAUGCGAUCACAUCAUGCACCUGACGUGAUAUUACCAGAAGAGCCUGGGGAAGAAGUACCGCUCCAGAAGCUCUUCCAAUACCCUGACGGUAAUACAGUAGAAUUUUUAAAUAACGUACAUGAUUUUGAAUACCUUAGCUUCUUAGAGAAGUUUGAAUUAAAUCAGUACCAAACAUUCUUAGAUAGAUGUAUGACCGAUCUUUUCCAAACUAGCAGAGUAAAUAUAGAGGAAGAAAGAAAAACAUUGCUGUACUACGAUAGGACUACCAUGGAGAAAAAUAUCUGCGAGACGCUCCUCUUCUCAAAUACGAGGGAAAUUAUGAGGAUUAUAGUUAGAUUAGUCUGUGGUGCUCCAGCCAACAGCGUAUCCCUUCUCUUCUAUCUUCAUCAAUGUUACAGGACAAGCAGUGCCAAGAACCAUCUCGGUGGUUUAAACACAAGGUUUCGGGAAAAGCUUCUAGGGCAAUGUAGGAAACGGCUUUCUUCCAAACUUAACCAAAGUAUAGCUGAUAUAACAUUGCAAUCUAUGUCUAUUAAGGGGAUCCGCACAUAUGCUGAGCAAGUAAUCCUUGAAACGAUAAAGGGUGAGACUACUUACGUGUGCAACUUGUUAGCGAUGGCUCUGAGACCAGAGCAGCUUCACAACAUACAAGUAGAAGAUCGGCUGCUGUCAGAAGAAUUCGCGAGAAUAACCAAAGAAAUGAAACCUGGGUAUGCAAAAAAGUUUAACAUUCUAUACAGGGAAAACUUUUGGACUAGACUAGGAUACAGCGGAGAUAUAUUUAGUAUGCGUGGUCCAAUAAUUUGGGCGAUGCAGAAACCAAAACUGUCUACUACAGGAAGUUUGGAGAAAUAUUCAGGGUUGAUUGGUUAUCUGAUGGUACGCGACGAUGGCCAGGAUUCUAAAGAAGCUGUCAUAGAGCAGCUAGUAAAUAUGUUUGGCCCAGAAGCGGCGUUUCCUGCGAGUUACCGAGAGACACCUGUAGCCGAUGUGUAUGUUCCACGCUGUGGGGAUUACGUUGCUCUAAGAGAACUAACAACUGUAGGGAGCCCAAAAUUUUUAGAAUGGGCAGCUCUUGAUAUAUUCGCUGACGGUGACGUGGCAGCCGCGUUGGAAGCUGGCCAUUCUGCUUACUUACACUUGUUGGGGUGUUUGCGACCUCAAGCUCAGACGUACGAUGACAUCAUUGCGACCGAUUGGCCAAUAUUUAUCAGCGAAAGUCCAUUGCAGAGGUGGUUAUCGCAGAUCAACGUAAUCAGCGGCAUCAAAAUAACCGCGGUCACUACCGCCGUGUUGGUCGGCGUCUCACUUCUACGCUACAUGAAGAACCGAAUAUGAUUUUUUAAGAGU